CAACCGCAGUGCGGCCCUUCGGCGGAGUCGAGGGGAAGCGUCUGAUGGUCGGUGGAGCUGAGGCGGGAGCCGGGUUUUUUUCUCCCUCCUUCGCCGGGAGGCUUCGGGCCAGAGCCGCCAUGUGGCCGUGGUGACCUAGCGGCGAGGGCGGGAGGAGGAGCGCCAUGAACCUCAGGGGCCUGUUUCAAGAUUUCAAUCCGAGCAAAUUUCUUAUUUAUGCCUGUCUGCUGCUCUUCUCAAUUUUGCUGUCUCUCCGGCUGGAUGACAAGAUCGAAUGGAGCUACUGGGCUGUGUUUGCUCCGAUAUGGCUGUGGAAGCUAAUGGUUAUAGUGGGGGCCUCCGUAGGGACGGGGGUCUGGGCCCGGAACCCACAAUAUCGAGCAGAAGGGGAAACGUGUGUGGAGUUCAAAGCCAUGUUAAUUGCCGUCGGCAUCCACCUCCUCCUGCUGAUGUUUGAAGUUCUGGUUUGUGACGGAAUCGAGCGAGGGACCCGUUUCUGGCUGUUGGUUUUCAUGCCCCUCUUCUUCGUGUCUCCGGUAUCGGUGGCUGCUUGCGUGUGGGGCUUCCGGCACGACCGAUCUCUGGAGCUGGAGAUCCUGUGCUCCGUCAACAUACUCCAGUUCAUAUUCAUUGCCCUCCGACUGGACGAAAUCAUCAAGUGGCCGUGGCUUGUAUGUAAAGUUGUAAAGAUCCUCCUCUUGUCAGAAUGUCAGGGUUGUUGGGCCAGUAGCGGCUGGCAGGCCGAAAUGAGACGUCAAUGGAUUUUGACAAUGGGGGGCCUACUCGCAGAGGGAUCUGGUGGAGGAGUGGGGGGAACGGAAUGACUUUAAAUUGUCACGCAGACAAGUGAAGCAAGGGGAGACCUCAUGAGUACUUGAAUGAUAUUCCCCUAGGGAACUCCAGCCUGUAGCUGGGUCUGGAGAUGCCAUGGGAGGAAGCAUUUGGUGGAAUUGGGUAAAACAAUAAUAAUCCUUGCCUGAUGCCCAAAAUGAAUGUUUCAAUAGAAAAUUAAUUUUUAUACAUCAAGGUUGAACUGUUGUGGGUUUUGGUGCUCUCUGAGCUUGGUUGUUUCUGUUCUGACCGAGGCUUCCCAAGAGUGUGAAGCAGACUCCUU